AUGACUAAAGUACACGGCAAUACCUGCACCUUCUACAAACUGGGCAUAAUAUCCCUAUACCCAUCCGUUCCUAUAUUUGAAGCUGUAAUGCUAGCCAACUCUAUGCUUCUCAGAAAAGGUUUUACAGUUCAACAGGUGCUAGACAUUCGUGAAGUGCUGAUCUUCAUCACUGAAAACAACUAUUUCUGCUUCAACCAGAAAGUCUACUUACAGAAGCAAGGGGUUCCCAUGGGCUCCCCUCUUUCUGCAGUUUUAGCCAAGCUCAUUAUGAGAGACAUGGAACAAAAAACUUUCAAUGCCCAACUUUCUAUAUGCUACCCAUCACUAUACUUACACUAUGUAGACGACAUCCUACUAAUAUGGGAAAAUUCAGAAGAGGAGUUCAUCCAGUUUAUGCAGCAACUCUCAAGCAUCUAUUCCACCAUCAAGUUCACCUGGGAAAAGGAGUGGGAUCAAUCUAUAACAUUUUUGGAUACAAAGUCACUAGAAGAGCUGCAGUUUACAGUGCAUCAUAAGUCUAGCAUGAUCCCCUAUAUCAUUCCAGCUGAUGCCUUUCAACCAUCGCAAUAUGUCAGUGCCACCAUAGCAACUCUCAUCAGAAGGGCACUACUACUUCCCUCAUCACAAGCUUUAAUAAAAGUUGAAUUGGAAAUCGUAAGAACAGCAGUAUAUCAUGCUGGAUUCACAGGUGCCAAAUUUAUGCAUGUACAACGUAAAGUAAAAGAUUCCCUUUUCCUGUUUACUACACUACACAGAAAAAAAAAAAUGUCUAGAGUACAAUCAGCAUUGCCAUACCUAGGAGCACCAUCUAUACGUAUUAGCCGUAUUUUCCGGUACAGCUUUACCCUUCCUUUAACUCCCCCUACCCAGCCUACACAGGAGCAUAUGCAAUGA